AUGACCUCAGUCACAGUUUUGAAUUGCGAAUUUUUGACAGAAGUGUUGCAAAAACAAUAAGUAUACCACACCGGUGCCGUGUUGUUACAGGAAAAAGAUCGCCUCUAGCUGUCGCUCUAUAGACAAGGUAAAGUUUUCUUUUUUAAACUAUUUUAUAUCAGUUUCAGGGAGAUGGACAAUGAAAUUUACUAAGCAUACGCCCUUAGACUAAGAUAGAGAGUAGCUUCUCAGACAAAGUAAACAAUUCGGAGGUUUUGUUCUGAAAUAUAAGCAACAAUGCACAAGACGAUUCUUGAGCGAGAAAAUCGAUGGUAUACUGUCGAUAAAUUUUAGUGCCGGCCUGACUUUCAGGAAGCAAUUUACUUCAUAUAGCAUUCAAGCAACGAAAAGUUUAAGAAACAUCCUAUCAUGUUCUACUUUUUCAACACUUGUCUGCGAUCAUGCCAAUUCUCCAUUAUUUCAGUAUGUCGUUUACGGGAAGAAGCCUCAGUUACAUAUUUUCCCUCUCACUUCCUAAAAAUCAACGCCUGAUAGCAGGUUACUCUGGCAUGGGUUCUCGUAAGCACGCUCAGAGCUUAAGGGGAUUUACUUUAUGGCAUUGAAUUACAUUCACUAAAAUUGAGUUCUUGGUUAACGGUUUUAAUCUUACAAGUUUCUUUAAAAUUAAGUACCUCAGUUACAAAUGGCAUUGCUCUGCACAGAGUAUACGAAUCUUCUAUUGCGUUGGAUUGACAACAACCAAUUCUUUUGAUAUAACCAGUUCAAUGAAGGGAGAAUUCUUCAACAGGUUAUAAAAGGUAUCGGGUCUACCCGUUUAAAAGAUGGAUUCUUAUUCCGGAUCAAGAAAAUAUUUUCAAUAUAGCUGUAUGUGACAUAAGACGGUCAAAUUAUUUCUUCUCUUUAAAACCUUUUUGCAUCGGGGACGAGGGCGGCAGGGAGUUUGUUCGAAUCAAUGAGUAAGGUUGACCAAGAGAGGGGGUAUAGAAUGGUACCUCGAAAAACGUGGGUUUCGGACAAUUUUGGCACGAUCUCGAAAUCUCGGAAGUGUUUUUGAUAGGUCUCGAAGUCUCGUUUCCGGCUGGGUUGUUUAAUACGUCUCGGAGUUUCCAAAAUUUUUUUUGCCGACAGGUUUCUGAUCAAGUCUCAGAUUUGUCUUUUUAUCUUCAGCGUUUUGUCUUAAGAGGUCGAUUUUUUUUUAGAGUUCAUGGGUACACUCCCACAACCGUGUAAACUUUAUUGAACAAGACAGUAAAACAAGAUAAAGCAGUACAAUGGUGGGCUUUUGCAAGCUUCUAUCGGCAUUGGCGCUUUUAAUUCACUUAUUUUAUGAUGCUUUAUUUGUAACAUUAUCUCGAAUUCGAAAUUUUCGGCGAUUAGAGUCUCGGGCUCGACUUUUGAAACCAAGGUCUCGCAAUCUUGCAAAGUUUAGAAUCUACCAUUCAACAACCCUAAGAAGUCAUAAUUGCACCAGACUACAUCACGGCUAUGGCGCAUUCAAAGGUUAGAGCCGGUUGCACGAAGAAGUGGUUAUCAGCAUUAGUUAGAGCGAACAAACUUAUUGUAAAUUUAAUAGUAAUGAUAAAAACACACAGACUCAGAACAAAGAUUUUUGGGAGCGAAAUAUUUGGACUUUGCUCGACUGUUUCUCAGUCAUAUUUGUUCUGAAUCCGUAUCAGUUCUAUCUAUAUCUAUCAGUUAUGUUUCCCGCCGAGUAGAUUGUUGCAAGUAUCUUCUUCCAUUUAGGAAUACAAAGUCCCAAGUGAUAGAAAGUAUCUACAAACGAACAGGAAACAGGUUAGUUUCCGAUGAUCUUACCACGAGUAACAGUACACAGAAAGUACUAGGGAAGAGAGGGAGAGUAGAUAAUCGUGGGCGUGAGAACUGACCUGCCACACGGGCGGCUCUGUACCGGUUCUCGGGUGUUGACGAUUUGACAGAACGCUGGUAUCUUACUUUUAGACACGAACAGCUCGAUUCCUAAGGAAUGAAACACGAAACUUAGCAUCCCGAGAUAGCAUAAACGCUGCCAAAAAUGGGUAGUUGUGUCUUUCCCCUUGCAUCCCUAUAGGAAAUCACUUGUGCUGACUUGCCUGGUUCACUCCGAAACAAAUAAAGAAAACUAGAACUAGAGGAAAACGGAUUUGAGCACAGGCUCAUUCUCUAUUUACUAACUUUCGAUAAUUAACUCUUUUUGCCUACCCUCCCCCCCCCAAAAAAAAAAAAAAUGGGUAAGCGUUUUUGAAAACAAUGGCUUUUUCAAAAGUUGGGGGCAAACAGAGUAUAUUAUCGGGGAUACAAAAAUAGUCAAUAACCGCUUUUUUUUGGAAAAAAACACUAGGCAUUUUCAGGGUUAAAUACAUGAUCUGGCCCAAUAAGGGUGAAGGAAUGGAAAACGAUAACUAAAAUAAAAGACAUCGAUCAAUUUGGAAGGAAAAUUUUAGGCCACGAGGAGGAGUCGGGGAAAUAGCACGUCUUACUCUGCUGCUUAAUAGGGACGAUCAGGAAUGAGUAAAACAUCAUCGCAUUAAUCAUAUAACUGAUGCUAACGGAUAGAGGGGAUAGGACCUAAAUUUAUUACUUCCUCGCCAAAACGAUGGUAUUCUGACCAAUAACAAAAGCAAGGAAAAGUAAAAAAAAUCCUGCUUGCAAAAAAAUAUUUUGUUUUUACUCGGGUUGAUGGUCAGUUGGUGACAGAAGGUUUAUGUUACGCACGCGACCGUACGAAGUGUUGUUCUCAGUGCUAAAAUAACCCACAUGUAUGUUGACGAUAGCUUUCUCAAUUUCACCUCCAAAUCUCGCUUGCGGACAAGAUUCUUUGUAUUUCUUACAGUUUGUGCUUAAGUAUUCUUCUCAAUUUAGCAAACGUUUAUAAGUUUUCAAUUCCAAAGGGAGGUUUGAUUGUUAAAUUUGUGGCUUGAUGUAAACAUGAAUCUUGGUUAUUAGCUUGACUAGAUGGCAACAGGUUUAUAUUGUUUUUCUUUAUUCGAAUGAAUCAGACAAUUUUUAACACGAAUGAAUGUGAAAGCCUGGUAACUAGUGCAAUGUUGUUCCAAAAUGAACUGCAACAUUAAUUCAGUCAUGACUUGUAUAAAGGGAUUAGCCCCACCAUCCUCGUGUAAUAAGUUUUCGACAAGAACUCAGGUGCAUACUAGAAAUACUAGGAAUAAAGAUAAAUUUCAUAUACCAUCUUUUAGAUCAGCAACAGGUCAGCGAUCUUUCUCAUAUAGGGCUGUUCAGCUCUCGAAAGCCCUUCCAGAAAGUUUAGCAAACAUAGAGUCAUUUAAUGUUUUUAAGAAUGCGAUUAAAGGACGUGCACUUGACGAAUUUUUAAGCCAUUGACACUCAAUAGGUGUAAUUAUGCAUAUUUUAUAUUUUUAAAUAAUAUGGUAAUGUUUUAUCACUCUCAAAUGUUUAUUUUAGAUUUCUAUUGUUCAUAUUAGAUUUUAUUGUAAUUGGUAUGUGAAAAUUCAUUAUAAUUGGAUGUACCAAUAAAGUUGAUUGACUUGAUUGACUUGAUCUAUCAACCCACAGAGAGCGCUGUGGGUGGUACUUGUAAAGCUGAUCCAAGUUUUUUCUCUUUAUCUCUCUUUUUCAAAGGCGUCACUAAUAUAUCAAGAUGAAGAAGUUCCUUUUGCUGUCGGCCAUAUUAUUGGGUAACGUAAGACUCUGUUGAGAUUCUUUAGCUCUCAACGUGAGGCAACUCACUGGCUUAAAGUAAUAUUCAUGUUGUCCAAUAGGCUCCAUAUUUGAAAAAUGUUAUUCGAUUUGUUGCAGUUUAAUUUUAAAUGAGUGUUCAUAUGUUUUUUCAAGCUCCCCGUAGAAGAACUCUUUUGGAACCGAAAUAUCGGACAAAUGUACGCCAUGCGUUUACCACCAUGAAUAAUGAUGAUAAUUAUCAUCAUCAUCAUCAUUAUCAUCAUCAGUAAUGAUUAUGACAUUCCAAUAAUAUGAAUAACAAAACUAUAAAUGUGAAUGUUAUUCUUUUAAGUCAUAACAGCGCUAGUCUCACCAAAAAGUACUAAGAAACACACAAGCAGUAAAACGAGAUUGCACCGUCACCAUGAUGAGGGACAUCGUCGACAAGGAGCAGUAGCCCCGGCACCCACGGCCGCAGCAGCAGCACCUGCACCUGCUGCUACUACAGUCCCACCAGCACCCGGGGCCCCCACAGUACCACCAGCACCAGGUGCUUCCGCAGCACCACCAGCACCCGGAGCUACCACAGUACCACCAGCACCGGGUGCUACCACAGUACCACCAGCACCAGGUGCUACCGCAGUACCAGUACCCGGUGCAGCCAAAGUACCACCAGCACCAGUUCCUGGCGCUACCACUGUACCACCAGCACCAGGUGCUACCACUGUACCACCAGCACCAGGUGCUACCGCAGUACCACCAGCACCCGGUGCAACCACAGUGCCACCAGCACCAGGUGCUACUGCAGUACCACCAGCACCAGGUGCUACUGCAGUACCACCAGCACCCGGUGCAACCACAGUACCACCAGCACCAGGUGCCACUGCAGUACCACCAGCACCCGGUGCAACCAAAGUACCGCCAGCACCAGUUCCCGGACCUACCACUGCACCACCAGCACCAGGUGCUACCGCAGUACCACCAGCACAAGGUGCAACCACAGUACCGCCAGCACCAGGUGCAACCAAAGUACCACCAGCGCCAGUUCCUGGCGCUACCACUGUACCACCAGCACCAGGUGCUACUGCAGUACCACCAGCGCCCGGUGCAACCACAGUGCCACCAGCACCCGUUCCUGGCGCUACCACUGUACCACCAGUACCAGGUGCUACCACAGUACCACCACCAGCACCAGUUCCUGGCGCUACCACUGCACCACCAGCACCCGGCGCUACCACAGUGCCGCCAGCUGCCGGCGUUAGCAAAGUCGCACCAGUUCCCGGCGCUAGCACUAUACCACCAGCACCGGGGGCUACCACAGCACCACCAGCACCGGGGGCUACCACAGCACCACCAGCACCAGGUGCUUCCACAGCAGCACCAGCACCUGGGGCUACUCCAGUUCCACCAGCACCUGGCGCUACCACAGUACCACCAGUAGCCGGUGCUUCCACAGCAGCACCAGCACCUGGGGCUAGUGCAGUACCACCCGCACCCGGUGCUACCACAGUAGCACCAGCUCCAGGGGCAACUCCUACGGCCAAAGUGCCCUCGGGUGAGUAAUUAUUGUAGGUUCUAUUAUUGUUUUGUACUUCGGUAAUGUAAGUUAGGCCGUCAAAUUUAAGAGGAAAAGAAAAGUUUCACGAAAGAUAACAAAGUAAAUUGUACAUAACGACUAAAGUGUCUUAGCCUCCGUGCAAGUUCCCGGAGGACCAUCCCCGGAGCACUCCAGAGAGCUUGCUUACAGGCUUGAAGUAUCUUAGGCUGUGUUCACACGAUACGGGCCGGGAUCGAUAGCUCUCAUCCAAACAGGAAAAGCUGUCUGGUAUGGUAUGAACACCUAUCCGACAUGUGACUCUCCUCUUUAGAUAUCGACUUCGCUUCGUUACAGAAAUCGGGCCGAAAUCACUGUUCUAAUGUGUGUGACAUGUGUGAACAGAAUCCCCAUCCUAUGCGGCUUAAUUUUCGCACCGGCGCAAAUGCUAUCCGGUAUAGGGUUAUCAAAGCCUUAGGCCUCGGCCAAACGUCAAACGUUUCAUGAGACGGGCCAAAAUUUUUGAUUUAACUUCAUGAAAAGUUCGACGUCUGGCCAAGUUAAGUUCGUCUCAAGAAUCUUGGAUCGUCCAACACGUUCUAUCCGUCUGCUUCAGACGAAUUAUAGAACGUCUGAAGAUUGUCCCAGAGACAAACGUCGAUCUUCACACGCGACCAACUAAACUAAUAAUUUAAAAUUUGGAUGAUGAUGUAUAUUAAGCGUCUUUGGACCGCUAAAAUUCCUUUUGGUCUGAUUUAGUUGAUUGGUUCGACGAGUCUCAAGUUUGACGUCUCACCCAACAGACGAUCUUAACUUAAUUUAUGUCGACCCAAAUUAGAGUUUGGUUCGUCACAUGAAGAAUUCGACGUUUAUUCUAGGGCUUAGACUUUUGAAUUGGUUUCUUUCGUAAUUUGAGUUUAUUGCUACUUUGGUUAUCUAUUGAAAGAGCACAAGUUGUUUUUUCCUAAGACGUUCUUAAUAGCUUUAAAAAAAAUGUAUACUUUAAGUGGUCAAAUGUUGACCCUUGAAGCUUUUUAACAUCACUUAGUUGAUCUGAGAACACUUUUGUGAACAUUUCCUGUGCUUUUUUCCCACCACAGUUCCCGUUGCCGGUUAUAAGAGCCCGACGAAAAAUGCAUUAUUCAAGCCUAACGAUGAAGGAACAAAAGUUAAAUCCACAGAAAAGGACGAGGAUUUAUCAGGAGAACAGGAGAUUAGUGAUGCCUCAGCCGAGAGUGGGCAGGAGAACGAUGCAUCUGCCGAGGAGGAAGACAGAGAGAAAGAUAAUUUUGCUGAAGUCGAGGAAGAGACUGACAGCUCUGCUGAUGAUAAAUCAGGGCGGUGGAAAACUAUAAGAAACUUAAUCCGAAAACACGAAACACCAACGGCAACAAUCUUAAAAGGAAAGUCAUCAGAAAUCUGA